AUAUCAUGGCUUUGGUUUUCUAAAAGUUUCACAUGAAUCACUUUCAUCCUAGUGUUUACUUGGGCCCCUAAGUUUCUCACAGACAUGUGUGCUUUGUAUAAUUAAUCCUCACAUCUCUCAACAGAUGGAGCACAGUGGUAACCAAUCCUAUUAUCCAUGGGUGAACUGUCAAGAAUCGGUAGUACAAAACAGACUUCCACUACUCUGGCAUGAAUUUCUCCGCUGGAUAUCCAACAGUGGUGUGGCUUCUAUUUUGAUCUGUCUACACUUCAGCAUCAUUGGAUUGUUUGCAUUGUCUCUCUUGUCUUUAUAUGAACGUCCGUCUCUGUGGUAUAAUAUUGCUCACUAUUUAUUUUCCUGUGGCACAUUUGGAUUUACAGGAGGCUGUGUAAAUUAUUUAGCAGUGACUUUGUUUUAUAAAAAGAUUCCUGGUCUUUAUGGAACUGGGUAAGAUGGAUAAAAAGUUUGUUUUAAAAGCUAGGACAUUUAUUCAGUGUUUCUGGAACCAUUAAAACCUUUUGUUUUCUUUCAGUCUUCCAAUCUCUAUUGAAUGCAAAGCCCUGUUUUUAUGGGAUGUGGUUCGUCAAAAUAUGUGGAAUAAUUAUAGCGCACAAAUUUUUUCAAAGCCUAGAUUUUCUUAAGCAGACACCAGAUAUUUCAAAACCAAGUUAAGCUCUAUGGACAAACAAUGAUAAUAACGAAUUUAUAGCCUUCAUUUUAAGACCAUUUUUUCCCUUUUUUCCAUAGAACUUUAUAACCCAUGUAAUUAAAGUGAUUUUGUCAUAAAAUCAACUAACUCAUAAAAAAGUUAUCUGAUCCUGUAGAUUAAACUAAUGUACAUAAUGCAGAAUUAUUAUAAUAAUUUUUCAGCAACCCACGCCUUACUGGCAGUCUAGCCUGAGAAUACUAAGAAUAACUGAAUCACUGAAUUCAACUUUCAAGACCAGACAAAGCUUUUCAUUUGCCCCUUUAUCUUUUUGCACUAGAGAUUUGCCUCAUUAUUCGUUAUAAUAUAUCAUUUUUCUCUACUACCUUACAAUAUUUAUUGCUUUUUUUGUAGAAUCAUCGUCAGUCAUUAUCAGGACAUCUGUGAAAGUGUGAGGACUUCAGUCAUUGAUAUCUUCUUUGACGAGGAAUUUUUAAAAUUCUACAGCAAACAGAAGUUAAAUCAUCAGAUAGUUAGGUUGAACAUUGAAGGACAUUUGCAGAGAAUUUUACAGUCUGAAACAGUAGAUCAACUUAUAACCACUGAAUUGCACUCAUUAGCAUCAUCACCUGAAGGGCAGCUGCUGUCUUCUGUUGGUAUAAAAAUCUCAUCGCUUAGAUCACUGGUGAAGCCUUAUGUAGUAGAUCUUUUGACUGAUGUAGUGCCUGUACUUAUGGAGAGAUUUACAUCCUAUAGUCAGGUGGGAAAGUAUAAAGUAUGAUCUUACAUGAUUAAACCUGUUCAAACUUUGGAUGUUGCUAUUGCAUUACGAAAUCGCGCCUGUAGAAACGCAUUGCUAGUAAAUGCAAAUUUUUCUGUCAAUCAAAUGUGUCCUAUUAUUUGUAGGUGGAAAUUGGUGAAACAUCGUUAUUGUUUUGGAGACAAUAGAAGAACAAAAGAUAACAGAAAGAUCAAGUUAUGCGGUCUUAAAGCGUGUUGCGUGACUUAAAUCAGUUGCAGCAAUUCUCCUAACUUUCCCGCAUUAAAACGUUGGAAUGAAGUCUGAAGCUUAGCUUUUAAGUAAUGAUCUGGGUAAGGUGGAUAGCAAUUUCUUUUGUUAUGCGGCAACGGUGCUUUCCCCACAUAGGAAUGUUUUCAUUUUUACACAGAGAAUGCAUAAACCUACAUGAAGUCCGUUUACGCAAUAAAAUGCAUUUACACUCCACUUUGAAAGGGUGUUUUUUUGUGUUAAAAGAUUUUGACCAAUCACAAGAGUUGAAAACAAUAGCAAAGAAAAGUUUACAAUUUUACUCGUUCCCCACAUAGGAUUUCUUUGUUAUUCAAACUGAGACCAGAUUUUGUUAUAUGGAAGAUGGUUGGAAAGUAAGGAUGAAUAUAUGUACUGCUUUAUGAAGUUUUGUUAACUUUUGCUGUUUAAGCCAAUCAGAAGUAAGUACAGACAAUAGAAAAGUUAGCACCUUUUUUGCAUUCCAACAUGUUUGUUGCCAUUGUUGCUAUCGUUCUUAUCUGGACCGUUUCUUAAAAUCUUGAUGGCCAAAAUAAUAAGGGUGCCCCAAAAGGCAAGCAUUUGGGAAUUCAAAAUCGAUAUUUUUGUCUCCAGCGAAAUCCGGCAGAUAUUUGCAUAUAAGCGUAAGUGAAGCGAAAUAGAUACAAAUUGCCGUGGUUGUAAACACAAUGUUUCCUCGAAGUUUUUCUCCUUUUGAAAGCGUAAAUUGGCAUGAAAGGGCUUAACUUGCACAAAAUAAUACAAAAUGAAACGAAUCAAAUCAAAAAGUGGUAAAAAAAAGUCAGGAUAUUUCAGUUCGAUGGAAAGUAAGUGAUUGGGUAGGUGAUUUGCAUACCGAUAAAAACAACGUCUAGCGCUGUUCAAAACCGUUCGGCUUCCUGGAUUGUUUUUCUAGAAUUCUAUACAUUCUGCUGGCCUAAAUCGUUAAAAUAUCGUAUGAAGUCAAAAUAUUUAUCAAGUUGAGUGUUUUCAUUUCCUUAUAAAAUAGAGAGUAGCGCGAAAGCUUCGAUCUAUAGAUUUUCUUAAGUUAAAUUACCUUUGUAUCGUGGAAACAAUACCCUAACACUUGAGUCUUGAAUCAAAGGACGCGACAUGCAUCGGCUUCCUUUGUGAGCGCGCAAAUAGUCAUGGGACCCGCGAUUUUGCGGGCGACAUGGAUCUACAAGCGCUGUUCCGUAAUGUGACUGGAAAUCACUACUAGAUGUUAAGGAGACCAUCGUUUGUAAUGUGCGCUGGAUCGCACCUCAUGGGACCUCUACAUCUGAUUUAUACCUAUCCCCGUUGGGUUGGUCUGCCCCCAAAAAAGCUGGUCGAAGCCCAAUUUAGCAAAGGUCCUGGUAAGAGCUAUUCACUAAAACAGGCUAUAUAUGUGUGAAAGUUUUGAACCCAGGAGUCAUUUCAAAAGUAGGUUGAGUUUGACUCUGAAGAUGACUACCGCACAGGUUGUCGAAACGUCAGUCACUGUUAACAACAACAGUCCUAUUCAGGACUACGUUCACCCAGAGAAUCAAACUCAACCUACUUUUGAAAACAGACUAUGUUAUGUCUGAGUCUUAUCCCAGACAUGUUAUUGUCACUGGGGCCAAGGAGUCAUGCAUCAUACCUCCGACAUUUUUUUUGUGUUGGGGUUGUUCUGUAUUAGCAUCCUUAAGCUGACUUUAGGUUGGCUAAGAGCAAAUCGUAGGGUUUCUUUUAAGUUUUGAAAUCAUUUAACAAUCAGUGGGUAAGAAUAAUGUCAUGGCCAUGGAUAGUAAAAAAAUCCCUCAAUCAUUAUUCUCCAAGGCAUUGAGACAGGUGGGAUGGGAAAGGAAUAGUGAGAGAUUGAACUUUGUGGAAAACAGUUUUGAAAGUCUGUGUAACCUCUUGGUGGUCAAUUGCAAACAAUCCCAUACUACAUCUUAACUAGCCUGCACUACAGUUGAAACUAAACUCUGGUUAAUUGCCAGAAUCCUUGUUCUGGUCCGGCCCCCACCUGUGUACCAGGAUUUGAGUACACACCAUGAUUGGUCCCUUAAAAAAUCCAUUGUUGAUUUGCCAAUCAGGAUGAAAAGAAAUUUGAAAGGCACUUGAAUGCAUUGGAGGUCCAGAACAAGGAUCUCAGUGCCACUUCGCAGAUGUUACUAACCGUAAUUAAAUUUUGUCUGUGAUGAAGGCUAUAUUUUAACCUGCUUAAACUUUCCUUAUUAAUUUUGUUGUGGAAACAACUUUGAGAUAUGAUUUCUUGAAAAUAGUAUGUUUUCUUAACAGGACCAAGGCAUUAAAACCCUGAAACAAGAACUUAAAAGCUACACAACAAGGAGGAAAGAAGAAGUGCCUUCAAAUAGAGUGGAAUUGUUAAUGAAAGAUCUUCUGUUCAGUCAUUUACAGCUCUUAGUAAUACUUGGUUGUGUUGUUGGAAUCUUCCUUGGUGUAUUGUCACAAAUCAGUGGAGUAGGUCAAAUUAUUUAA